AUGACACAAGGACGUCAGCACAUCAAGCUUGACGCUGAUUCUUAUGCAGUUGAAUUAGGAGCUAUUUUGCAACUGAAAUUGCCAGUCAGGGACGCUACCGGGCGAACCGGAGAGCUGGCUCCCGUAGAGAAGGGCACCAUCCACACCAAGCGGCACAGCGGCGAGGACCCUGCCAAGGCCACCGGAGCCAAAGCGCCGGAGACGCCAGGCGCGCGCGCGCAGGACAAGCGUGCGUCCGCGCCGCCCUGCGUCACGCCGCCCGUCGAAGACGAGCCCGCACCGCCCUCUGACGGAGAUGCCACGCCGACGGGCCUGUGCCCAGAGCUGGCGGGCACGCCGACGGGCGGCAGCGCGCCGGCGACGCCGCUGGAGACGCGCGAGCCGCCGCAGCCGCGCCCGCUGCCCAUGCCCGAAUACGGCGGCUUCUUCGCGCUGCUCACCGAGUACCUGCCCGACAACAACCAGCCCAUAUCUGGCUUCCACAGAUGCAACGUGGCGGUGAUGCUGCUGUGCGACGUGGUGCUGGACGGCGUGGAGCUGGACUGGUCCAUCCACGUGCCGCUCAUGCUGCACAUCGUGUUCCUCGGCAUGGACCACACCAG